CUGCAAAACCAUGAGGAAUUCCGUGAAUGUAAAACCUAUGGGAACAAAGGCUGUUAUAAAGAUCUGGAAGUAGCUUAUCUGAAUGCUGGAAUGAAGUGUCUGCUGAAAAUUUGUUAAGUCUUAUUCUACAGGUAUCAGUGUUACAUUCCUUACAUCCAUGGAGCAGGAGAAUAAUACAAUCAGUGAGUUCAUCAUGUUGGGAUUCACAACAGACCCUGUGCUGCAGAAGGUCUUGUUUGCAGUGUUUCUUGUUGUAUACACAUUGACUUUGCUGGGAAAUAGCUUCCUAAUUGUGUUGAUCUGCAAUGACUCCAGGCUCCACACACCCAUGUAUUUCUUCAUUGGAAACCUGUCAUUCCUAGAUCUUGGGUUGUCUUCUGUCUACACACCAAAGAUCCUAGCAACCUGUAUCUCUGAAGACAAGAGCAUAUCCUUUGCUGGCUGUGUGGCUCAGUUCUUCUUCUCUGCUGCACUGGACUACACUGAGUGUUACCUUUUGGCUGCCAUGGCUUAUGAUCGUUAUGUAGCCAUCGCAAAGCCUCUGUUUUAUUCACAAGCCAUGUCCUUAAAGCUAUGUGCAUUUUUAGUGGCAGCUUCAUAUCUUGGUGGCUUCAUUAACUCUGUUAUCAUCACCAAAGACACCUUUUCCUUGACUUUCUGCAGUGACAAUGUAAUUGAUGACUUUUUCUGUGAUAUCCCACCCCUGGUGAAGCUGGCCUGUGGCAAGAAGGGCAGCUUCCAGUCUGUGUUGUUCUUCCUCUUGGCUUCCAAUGUCAUCAUCCCCAUUGUGUUUAUCCUGGCCUCUUAUCUCUUCAUUAUUGCCACGAUCUUAAGGAUCCGCUCCACUCAGGGCCGACUCAAGGCCUUCUCCACCUGCUCUUCCCACCUCAUUUCUGUGACCUUGUACUAUGGCUCCAUUCUCUACAUUUAUGCUCGUCCCCGGUCCAGCUACUCUUUGGAUAGGGACAAAAUUGUUUCAACCUUUUACACAGUGGUUUUCCCCAUGUUGAAUCCCUUGAUCUACAGCCUGAGGAAUAAGGAUGUGAAAGAGGCUCUGAAUAAACUUCUCAAGUAAAUCAAGAUAAUUUCCUUGUAAGAUGCACAGAAAAUAUUUAAUCAGACUACUCAUGUUCCAGGAAAGAUGCUGCUAAUCACAGUGCUAUAAAUUAAGAUAAAGAUCCAUGCAAUUCAGCCAUAUGACUUCUGGGUGUAUACACAAACAGUUCAAACCAGAUUAAUAUAAAGAUUCCUGUGCAUUCAUGCUUAUCACAAUAAUAUUAACAAUAGCUUGGUUAUGGAAUUAUUCCAGGUAUCUUUCUACAGGUAUAUAGAAAAAUUAUAAUGUGUACAUGGUAGCU